GUUACAAGGACACAGACUCUUGAGACGAGAAUCAUUACUCAGUGGCAUCCCACACAGACAUAGAGGAAGACUGCACCAUGCCACUGAAAGAGAAGCGUGAAGAUUUGAGGAUUGUGCUGCUGGGGAAGACUGGAGUGGGAAAGAGUGCUGCAGGAAACACCAUACUGGGGAGGGACCCGCUGCCGGAAGAGACUGGAGAGGGAAAGAGUGCUGCAGAAAACCUGGACAAGGGCACAUUUGAAUCUUCUCUCUGUGCUGGCUCUCUUACAGCAGCAUGUAAGAAGAAAAGAGUUCAUGUAAAUAGGAGAGAUGUGUACGUUGUUGAUACUCCAGGCCUGUUUGACACAAGAACCAAUCAUGAAGAGACAGAAAAAGAGGUAAGAGAAUGCAUCUCUCUGUCCUCUCCGGGUCCCCAUGCUUUUCUAGUCGUUAUCCAGCUGGGUACAUUCACACCAGAGGAGCAGAAUACAGUGAAGUUGAUUAAGAAAAUCUUUGGUGAAGAAUCAGCCAAGUACACAAUGGUGCUGUUCACUCAUGGAGACAAACUGAAGAAAAUAACCAUUGACGAAUUUGUGAAAGGUAAUGAAAAGCUUAAAGAUUUCACUGAUCAGUGCCAUGGGGGAUAUCACGUCUUUAACAAUGAGGACAAAAAGAAUCGCUCUCAGGUCACAGAGCUGCUGAAGAAGAUUGAUGCGAUGGUGAAGAUGAAUGGAGGAGGCUACUACACCACUGAGUUGUACCAGCAGGUUGAAGCAGAGAUAGAACGAGAGAAGGCAAAGAUUCUGAAACAGAAGAAAAAGGAGAGGAAGCUAGAAGAGAAGAGGCUGGAAGAACAGAUUAAGGACAAAGAAGAGUUGAAGAAAGCUAAAGAGGAGCUAAAGCAAAAGGAAGAUGAAAACGCUUUUACCCUCUCUGAAAACGCUAGACUGGAAGCUGAGUUAAAUAAUAGCUUUACACGUUCAGGUGUCAUAGGUGCUAUAAGUGGUGCUAUAGCAGGUGGUAUAGCAGGUGGUAUAGGAGGUGCUGUCGUCGCAGGGCCAGUAGGUGCAGUAGUGGGAGCAGCAGGGGGUGCAGUAGUGGGAGCAGCAGGAGGUGCAGCAGUGGGAGCAGCAGCAGGAGGUGCAGCAGGAGGGCAGCAAGCAAAGAAGGAUGACUAAUUGAGUUUAGUUCCUUUAGUUAAAGACAGGGACAGCGCAUAAUAAAACAUUAACUUUGUACAACAAGAAAAUAUGUCUUGUACCAGGUUUUAGCAAAUUGCUAUUUUUCACCUGUAGUCACUGGACAGGUUGAUGGAAUAAUAAAGUGGAAAGCAAAUGCAUUGUACUGUGAUUAAAUAACCUGUGUGAAACUCUUUAUCUGUGUUUUCUGUUCUUGGGGUGGGAUAUAGACAUCUGAUUUCCAAAUUACUUGAUUGAUGAUUAACUUCAAAAUGUUACUUUUCCAUCUGUUCUAUUUCUGUUUCCUCUACUUUGUACCCAAUAAUAGCUACUCCAAACAAGAGUCAAACAUGGAUUCAAAUCAUUCUAUCAUGUAUAAUCAAUAAAUAAAUUACCAGAUCGUAAUUUCAUCAUGUAUUACAUUAUUACUAGACUAAUACUGUUAUACUGUUAAAGUCUGUUAUUCUUUUUUGGUAUUUAGCUCACUGCCAUA